CGACGAAGGUCAAUAUCUUGAUAGUCUAAACUCGCAUGAUAUACAAUCGCAGUUAAACGGCCUCCACUGCAGGUUAAUACGAUAAGUACAUUUUCCGUCGAAUACCUAAAUACGCAAGUUACACUGUGAGAUUGAAAAGACGCGAGCUAGAAGUGAUCGCACUCAAGCCACAUGGUAAUUUACAGAAAGUAAGGCAAACGUGCUGAACAAAGCAACAACGAAUCAUACAGGAAACGCAAAUCUGUCGAUGGGGAAGUAGAGAGGUUCAGUAAUUUGCCGGUCGUUUCAGUUAUAGUAAGCUGUAAUAACUUGAGUUCUAGCGUUGAAAUACAAAAGCGUGAGGGAUAAGAAACAAAGAAAACUGAAAUCGAUCAUUCAACCGAAAAUCGUUGUGAAUACAUGAUACAGAUUUUAGCCAAAUUUAGUAGGUAUUAUAAAGAGCUGUGCGUUUAGCGCUAACACAUAUAUACACACACAUGUACUGAGUGGUUCGAUAAACCAUGAAACCAGCGUGUUUGUCGACGUGGCUUCAACACAGAGACGGCAAAUGAAAAGCUUGUAAAUAUAAACGCGUCUAGCAUUGAGACAUUCAAUACAGCAUUUAUUUAGCGAAAGUAGAACUAGUAAAUCGUAAAAGUUGAUGAUCGCGUAUAGUGGUUGAUGUGAUAGUUUACACGAGGAUAGCAAAGCCAAUGUUUUAGCAGUUAUCAGGGCUACACAUAUAUACACAUUAUCAAGCUUUCUACAGAUACGACCUAGACUUGAAUAAUCAGGAGACGCGCAGUAUUUUGGUAAUAUUCAAGCAACCUAAUAUUCACAGCCGCUUGGGUAAUUACGGACGCAAUUAGACCACACAUUGGCUUCAUUUUACAAUAAAUAGUAUAUCGUACAUAGAUUGAAGGUUAUAGAUAACCAGGCUACAUAACACAUCAUUAAAACAAUAGUAAAAUUAAAGUUACAUUCGUAUUGAUUGAGUGUGAUAGUUUAUCGGAGCCUUUGUAACAGUGUUUAAUAGCUCUCCCACAAUUCAUACAGUUUAUAGUGUUACAAACACAUGCCGUAUACAACAGAAUAGCGCCUCAUUAGUUAUUCGCGUUUUGCGCUCAUAGUUAACGAUUCUGUGUGGCAGUAUAAAGAGCGCAAAUUAUCAGGGAGUUUCAACAUUGAAAUUAGCCGCAGUUUGUCGAGUUAACAAGAUGGCUGAAGUUAAGAAUAAAGACAUUAUCCUGGACACUAUAGAUCAGUUACGGAAACGCAAGGCGAGGCCUGACAUUGAGCGAAUCUGUCAUAUGAUUCAACGUCGUCAUGGUCUCACGUGUGAAGAAACUGCCGAAGAUCUGGACAGUUUAGUACAAGCGGGGAUCGUUAUAAAAGUUGAUUACAAGGGAAAUACGAGCUACAGGAAUGCCGCAAAAUGGAGGAAAAGUCACCUAGGCCUAAACGUUAAAGAAAUACACGCCGCUCUUGAUAAAGCUAUCCGCAGUUUGAAAAAUGAGGAUGGGAUUGUGGAAUCUGCCUCGGGAGAGAUGUCUGGGGAGUUGUCAGCAAGCGGGGAGGCGAAGAUGGACAAUGAAAAAGGUUACACAGCUGCAGAGAUCGAACGAUGGUUGCUGAUUCAGGAUCCAGAUACAAAACUACAGCAAAAUAUCCUUCAAAUAGCGUUACAAAGAGAGGUCGAAUUCGGUCGUUUGCUACAGUUUGAAGAUGGCAAGUUCGGGGUUGGGGACCAUACCAAGCGCGUCCCUGGUAAGACGGCAGGCAAAACUUCAAGUGGGGCAGGUGGGAAGCAUACAAGCCCGACUAACAAGUCUGAGAAAGACCGCCCGGCGUCUAUCAAAAGAAAGAGGAUCAAGAAGACACAUGGCCCAGAUUUUGAGAGCUACGAUGGUUUAAAGUCUGACGCAAGGUGUGAUUAUUGUCUACUAACCUCAGUGAAUCGUAAUGGAGAGCCAGAAGAUCUGCUUAUAUGCAAGGACUGCAGUGCAAAAGCACAUCCAUCUUGCAUGCAGUACUCUGACUUGCUGUCCAGGAGAGCGAGGAACUCCCCCUGGCAAUGCAUUGACUGUAAGACAUGCUAUCUCUGCCAAGACUCGGGAGAUGCUGUAAGUGAUGAAAUGUUAUUUUGUGACGCCUGUGACAAAGGUUACCAUAUAAAUUAUCAUGAAUCUCCCUAUAUUUUGCUGUUAUUUUGCAAUAAGAAAUGUUAUUGUGUGACGCCUGUGACAAAGGAUGAAAUGUUAUUUUGUGAUGCCUGUGACAAAGGUUACCAUAUGAACUGUCAUGAACCUCCAGUGAGGGAAAAACCUACAGGCAAGUGGGUAUGCAGUCAGUGUCUCUUGGAUGAUGCUGACAGCGCACAGCUCAGUAACUCCCCAGAGAGUGAGAUGAACGACUCCUUCAACACAACAGAUGGAGGCGCUGCAUCAUUUUUGCCUACACCUGUGGAGUCCCCUGUUAAUGGCAUGAAUGGUGCUGCAUCACCAAGUGAGAUGAUUAGCCCCAAGCCUGUCAUUCCUGCUGCCAUCAAGGACGAGAUACCUGAUGCUUCUGAUUGGACAAUGGAUGAUGUCGUCGAGUACUUUAAAAAGAAAGGAUUUGAAGAGCAGGCUGAUAUUUUCAAAGAGCAGGAGAUAGAUGGAAAAUCACUCUUGCUUUUGAAGAGAAAUGACGUCCUCACUGGACUUGCGCUAAAGCUUGGACCAGCUUUGAAGAUUUUCAAACAUGUGGAAAAGUUACAAACAAGAGGUCAGACAAUGUCAUGAUAACCCCUCCAUUGGGCUAGGAGUUGACCGAGGUCAAGGCUUUAUAUCUAGGAGAGUCAUGGUGCUUAAUGUAUGAUACAUAGAGGCCAGUCACCUGACCACAACCAGGAUAGUCAUAAUGCUUAAAUGUAUGAUAUACAUAGAUAUCGGACCAAAGUUGUACUUUCUUGGUACUAGAAGGGCAAAUGACAGUUCACUUAGAUACCAGAGGGAAACUACAUUUGUAUAUGUUAGUUAAAAUACUUCCUUGUAUUCUGAGGAUGAUAUCUAAGGUGCACGCUGUAUAUUGUAAAGUGAAACCAUGGAUGAACAGAAAGUCGACGAUUGAUCCAAGUGCAAAAUGUACAUGUGCAGCUCUAGGAUUUUUCUAAGAUUAUUCCGGGUUAUGUGACAUAUAUGCAGAUAGGAGGAAAUAAGAGAUAUACCAUCUGCAAUGUAUAUAAGGAUAAAACGCACUCAAUGAAUGACGUAGGAUUACCUGUAUAUGUGUAUAUUAUGACCUUUUCAGGAUCAUGUGCCCUUAAUGUUGUUAAUAAGGAUUACACACCUGAUGUGAUUGAUCCUAUGAUUAUGUACGACCUAAUUAUGGAUUAUAAGGAUUAUAUCCCUAACUUAUUGAUAUAGGAUUAUAUAUGCCCUAAUUAAGGAUCAUAUACCCUUAAACCAUAGAUACAGAAAUAAAAAUUACCUGAAUAUGGAUUUAUUGCCCUUGAUGAGCUUAUUAAGGAUUAUAAUCUUUAGUGGUGGAUUUAAAUUUUUUUAAUCUAAUUUGGAUUUAAGAUUAAAUACCCUUGAUGAACUUAAAUCAAUACCUUAUAUAUGUUUACUACAACGCUUAUAUCUAGAAAAUAUAUAUGGGAAGGUUAAAGGUCAAGAGCUAACAUGUGUAGAUAAGAGAAACGCUAAAGCACAUGUAUUACAUACAACAGUACGUGUUCUACACAUAACAGUAUAUGUUGUACAUAUAACAGACCAUUUUGUACAUAUAACAGUACAUGUAGUACAUAUAACAGGACAUGUAAAUAGAUCAUAUGGUUGUGUUAAGUUAAACAUUUAAAGUCAAUUAUUUAUGUGUUCACAA